UCCAUACCUCUCUUCCUGAAUGACGAAUAAUUUUGUCUUUAUCUGCGUUGAAAUUUUAAAGGCGAGCGCAAUGCAUCUGUCCCCAAUUAUUGAUCCCCCGAACUACCCCAGACAUGCGCAUUAUAUGUUGCUUCAAUACAGCUCAACAGCUUGUUCACAGCAAUGCUUCACAACAUCCUCCGCGUUAUCAUUGAGUUCUUAAUAAUAUUUAAUUGUGUAAAGAGUGAAAAUGUAUUCAAGCAAACCGAUAAAUUACCACCCGGUGGUUUACAAAUGUGCAUCGAGAGUUUCGACGUACACAAGGAUAAAAUUAUUAGAACGCAGGACUCCUUGGCCCUUGGUGCCAAGUAUAUCAUGGAGGCCGAAGUUGAUGACAGGCAGAAUUGCCUGAGACUGUGCUGUCAAACUAAUGACUGCGAUGUAUUCAUCUUCGAGGAAAAAAAACGUGGAAGCUGCUACUUAUUUCAUUGUGGACCUCCCCACGAUUUUAAAUGCAAGUUCACGAGUCACUCGAAUUACACAAGUGCAGUAUUGACGAACCUCAGCUACAGGAAUCCCCCCUACAUCGAGCAGGCGGGAAGAUCUCAACAGGAGCACGAAUUAAAGUCUCUGCGGAAGAUAUCAAUGCCCCAGGUGCCCGCGGAAUACAUCUACACGGAAGCCCCUGUCGCUAUCACGGAGACGCCGAAACCAGUGGUCCUGACAAGUCCAGCCCCGGCGAAGACUGGCUGCAGUAGAAAUCAGUACGAAUGUCGGACAUCUGGCGAUUGCAUUGCUAUCUACAACGUCUGCGACGGCAUACCCCAGUGCCCGGACGGUUCGGAUGAGGCUGCAGAGCUGGGCUGUCCCCCGGAGAAACCGACGCCUCCACCCCCCGUUAUUCCGCCAAUGCUGCCACCCCCGCCGGAGCUGACAAAGUACCCGGAGGGCGUUCAACACCGGAAAAAUUUGCAGACAUUCUACGAAGGGCCCGAGGGAGGCCCCAAGCCCUGGCAAUUACCGAUGGCUCAUCAGUUGCUACCUCAGCAGGGACCACCCUACGUCCCUCAGGGCGGCGCUGGGCCACAAGCGAUUUACGGGGGACAGGGGUACAUCGGCGGAUGGGAGUACAGACAGACGUAUGAUCAGAAUAAGGAUAAUUACGGUAUUAAUAAUAUUCGGGGAAAAGAGGAUGGCUCUCAUUACGAUCGUGAGCAGCAACCACAUAUCUUCAACCAUAAACGGCCGGGUAUGCUUCCAGAGACUGUUGAAGGAGCGGGAUAUAUCGAAGCAGAGAGGCCCUACGACUCCUACUACCCAGCCCAGAGUCACUCAGGGUGGCAGCAAGUGCCCCCUCAGAUGGUACCCAUUGAGCCAAAACUCCAGAUACUGCCAACACCAUCACCACCAGUUGAAAAACCAGAGCAUCCAGUGCUACAGGAGCAGGUGAAGAGCACGCCUGUACCUCCCCCAACCCUUCCACCCGUUCCGAAGCCUGAUAUUCUACCAAAAUUAAAUCCAAGUAUAAAGAAAGAAUUGGAGACUCAGAAGAGUGUUCACCCUUCGCUUCCCAAGAAGCUCGAGCCCGAAGGGCCACCUGAGAGCGAACAAUCUUUGAAGAAAGACAUCCAGCCAGUGAAAGAAGAUACUUCACACUCAAGGCAGGAGGAGCAUCACACAGAGGAAACAAGAGUGCAUCAUUUUGUGGCUGAACAUCUCAAACAGAGUAAUCACAAAGACAGUGAGGAAGUGCUGAGGCCAAGAGGUGCAGUUAUAUCUCUAGCACUUGGGUUAACUGUCACUGCGAUAAUGGCGGCUCUGAUAGGCUGCAGAUUGAGGGUUGUGAGAAAACGUGGGCGACGAGGGCAUGGCCCUUACGCCCACGAUGCAGAUUAUCUUGUCAAUGGAAUGUAUCUUUGAAUAAAACAAUAAUUACAUUUUGGGGACAAA